GCCACCAGAACAUUCUCUGCUGUUGCUGCUGUCGACCGAAGUUGUGACAAGUGGACUCUUUUCCCGGACAAGCUGUUACUGUGACCUACUUUCGAAGGAGGGCAGAAACAUGAAUCCACUGCUGCUUCGAAAGUUGCUCUUGGUUGGUGUAGUGUGGGUGUAUUCUAUAUCAGAGGCAGACGGUUCAGUUUGUUCUCCUUCCAACACCGACAUUGACAUCGACGCCCAGGUCCCCGGUGUCAUAUCCACACCUGAAUUCCCGGAUGGCUCUACCGGCAGUUCUUGCGCCUAUAAGAUCCAGGCUCCUGAGAAUUUCCGACUGGCGAUAACAAUCGAGGCUCUUAAGUUUGCAGGUCUAGAUGAUCAUUUGGUUAUUCACGAUGGUGCUGAUGACCAAAGUCCCAUGAUGGGAAGAUAUGGUUCCUGUACUACUGGCUCCCUCACUCUGUUCUCAAGGGGGAAUGCGAUUCUUUUGAAAACGGUGUCUGCCACUUUCAGAACGAGCAACGAGCUUAGGAUUGCAUAUAGAGCGAUUGAAUCUGAGACUGUUACCUGCUCAAGCCCGGGAGGAAAUCUACCAAAUCUAUGUACAGAUGACAACCAUCUGGGAGGACUCUCAGGUGUUAUAAGCAGCCCUAACUUCCCUAAGAACUAUGGUGCCAAAGAAUAUUGUACGUGGAAUAUUGCUGCACCUCCUGGCUACCGUAUACAAUUUGCAAUUCGUUUUCUCGGUAUUGAAAACUAUCGAUAUUCCAAGCGCCCAAAUGACUGCUUUGAUGACAGCAUCACCAUUAGCGAGUCGCGUGAAAACAAAACCAGGGAUAUCAAAAAACUCUGCGGAUGCCAGUCCCUUUUUUCGUUUAUUACUUCUGAGGAGACGAUGUUCGUGACUUUUAGAACUUACAGGGAAAACAACUGGCCUGGUUUUUAUGCUACCUACCAAGCACUGUCUCCUGAAGAAUGUCCCUCUGGAAACACCAAUUGUCCUUUAAAAGACUUCGAUCCAACUGGCUUCAAUGCACAAGGGGAGGUUUGCAAGUCGUCAGCUAUAGACGAUUCACGGCCAACUGAUGGAGGAAACAUAACUUUAUAUGCCGAAGCUAAAAUAGACGUGGUUUGCCGACCUGACUUCAUCGAGGUCUCUCUGAAGAUUUCUGAUUUCCCUGGAAUCGUUUUCAACGACUCUUCUCUUCACCUUGAAGACAGAAACUGUGUUCCUGGUUACAAAGACGACUUAAAGGUGACUUUCAAGUUUGGACUUGAGGAUUGCGACACUAGACACGUCAACGAUCGUGAGAAGAUAUACUACAAGAACAAAAUUUACCUCAAAGCCGGUGAGGCGGCCGAAGACGAGGCGAUAACUCGUGAGCACACGGAGAUUAUCCCUUUUCACUGUGGAUAUAACAAGAAAGCCAUCCUCUCUAAAGUUUCUUACAACCCUCGAGUUGUUCAGAUCCUAACAGAUACAGAGGGUGUUGGUAACUUCACCUACUAUAUGGACAUGUAUGAAGACGAAAACAACAACGUAACAGUCACACAAUUCCCAAAGGAAGUUGGUUUGGGCCAAAAAAUGUAUUAUGGCUUUCGAGUGGAGUCUGAAGAUACUGAUUUGGUUGUGUUCCCGGAUGUUUGCAAGGCCACAGCAUCGCCUAAUUUCGACUCUACUCCGGACCACGUCAUCAUAGAUAAAGCCUGUUCAAAAGACAAUACCUUACAAUACAAUUAUGGUCAAAGCUCAGAACACUUCUUCAAUAUCGCUGCCUUUCGCUUCGCGGAAAGCUUUAAUGAUAUCUAUGUUCACUGCAAGUUGACGAUUUGUCGCAAAGACGACGGCGAGUCAAGGUGUGCCAAAGGUUGUCAGCCCACAAGGAGAAGAACGAGAUCAACGGAAGAGGACUUUGAUGCCAGUCUCUACAUUGGACCCCUGAAACCAAAAGUCGUUGAGAAUAAAGCUGUUAAAGAGAACCAGUACAACCAGUCAGACUCUGACAAUAGUAUGAUUUCUAUUGUGGGAAUUCUUGUCGGAGUGUUAGGAACAGUUGCCAUUGGGCUCAUUAUCUCUCUGAUCGUCAUUAGCCGACGUCGAAAAUCCUCGGGCCAAGGAUUGUCCCUAAUUGUUAGUGAAGAAAUGUAGACUGGUCUGCAGCAGGCUACAAGGGAGAAAUGCGCAUGCUCACUUCAAGAAGGGGUUGGCCGGAUACCUUAAACUUGAAAGUUGCGUUCAGGAUACAACGUGGUCUCUCUGUUGUAAUGAGACAUUUAAUUUUCCUUUUUUUUCAUUUUUCUUGCUCAAGGAAUUUCCUCUAUGUUAUCGCUACGUAAGAGUAGAACUUGUGUCGGGACAACGUUGGCGCUGCUUCGCCGAUGGUUUCACUGUCCACAUUAACCUGCAUUAUGAAUAGCACAUUUUCUUAUCCUCGGGAAUCAACAAAUUUUCAGUUGAUUUCCAAUGCAAAACAGUAACUUCACCUGCUUCUUUCCUCAUUGAAAAUAAGUUAAACUCUUACUUUUCCUGAGUGGCUGAUAGGCAACGAGUUCUUUCUCUUUUCUAUCUACCCUCCCCCCCCCUGUCAUCAUUCCGAUAGUCCAUCGUACACUCUGUUACUCUAGAAAGUUUUAUUUUUCUCCUAACUAUCCAGGAGUUUGCCUCAUUUUAAAAGAGCAUCGCUUUUGUGGAGCAAGCGAGGACUCUCAAAUGUUCCCCAGAAACCUUUUGAUGGCACCUAGACUUUGGCAUCUAGCCUUGAAGUCUGUAUCAAAUCGCGUUGUCUUUUCAAAAUUAAAAAAUAUUUACUUUUUUAGUUUUAAAAGUUUCGUUUUGAAAUUUUUUUUUUGUACCAUGCUGAAUUUGUGGCAUAUCAAAGAAACAAGAGCCAACUCGCACAAAACUCUGCUGUAAAUAGCUUACCAUUCACUGAUUAUUUCAUGGCCCUUGUCCCAAUGGUUGCUCAAUUGGGCUCGGUAAGAAAUUCAGGAGUGGUUAACAGGGCAUGAAAGGGUUACUUGGCAUAGCCGUGUACUUAGCGGCUUGUUUAAAGGUUUUUGACCCUCUUGUAUAUUGCAUCAUACUGUGUCUUGUUUAAGACCGAACUUUAUAUUAUCCAUUGUGAGAGCUAAGUUCAUCACACUUGUACUGUUUGAUAAACAUUUUGCCCUUCUCUUUACAUUAAAUUAAAGCAAACCUGCUGAGUCUAAACAAAUCGAUAUUUAGGUUGAGUUCAGUCAAGCGAUUCACAGAAGUAAACAAGGUGAUCAUGGAGGAAGAAGUUAGCAUUUUAGCGCUGGAAUGAAAACCAAACGAAUUCGUAAACGUUUAAUCUGUGGGUCAAGUUAUAUUUGAAAGUAUAGCUAGAAUCUUUCAGCUAAUCCUCUUGUGAGAUUGUCGUGACGUUAGCGUAGAGGUUGAAUAUUAGAAAUAAAGCCGC